AUGUCCUCCUACAGGCAGAAGAUCAGCUCCCUCUGCUUCCCCCCCUGUGAGGUGACCUGCCCACAGCCCAUUGCAAGUGCCUGGAACCAGCCCUGUGUUACCUCCUGUGGAGACUCCAGAGCUGUGAUUUACCCACCACCCGUGGUCAUGACCUUCCCAGGACCCAUUCUCAGCUCCUGCCCUCAGGAGAGCUUCGUGGGCAGCUCAGCACCAUCCAGAAGUGGGAGCUUAUUUGGAUCCAUGAGCUCUCAGGGUGGCUUUUUUGGCUCUAGGAGCUUGUACAAUUAUGGGAGGUCAUAUUCUUCCUAUGGAUCCCUUGGUUAUGGUUUUGAGAGCUGCAGACCAUGUUAA